CCGCUUCCGUCUUCUCCCUCCUCCCGCUUGCUAUAUCAGUCGCCACCACAGCGGCCGCUGCUGGGCGCGGAGUCGGCUGGUCGGUUGGUGUGUCUCUCAACGUCGGCGUCCGUGCUGUUGAACUGCCCGCCAUGGCUGAGUUAGAUCCGUUCGGCGCCCACGCUAGCGGACCCGCGCUGGGGAACGGAGUGGCCGGCGAAGAGGACCCUGCCGCGGCCUUUUUGGCGCAGCAGGAGAGCGAGAUUGCGGGCAUCGAGAACGACGAGGCCUUCGCUAUCCUGGACGGCGGCGCCCCCGGGCCCCAGCCGCACGGAGAGCCGCCGGGGGGUCCGGGGGUUAAGAUUCUGUGCUGUCCUAGACUGCUUGAAUAUGCUGUUGAUGGAAUCAUGAAUGGCGAAUACUACCAGGAGAGUAAUGGGCCAACAGACAGUUAUGCAGCUAUUUCACAAGUGGAUCGAUUGCAGUCAGAGCCUGAAAGUAUCCGUAAAUGGAGAGAAGAGCAAACGGAACGCUUGGAAGCCCUUGAUGCCAAUUCUCGGAAGCAGGAAGCAGAGUGGAAAGAAAAAGCAAUAAAGGAGCUGGACGAGUGGUAUGCGAGGCAGGACGAGCAGCUACAGAAGACGAAAGCGAAUAACAGGGUGGCAGAUGAAGCUUUCUACAAACAACCCUUCGCUGACGUGAUUGGUUAUGUCACAAACAUAAACCAUCCUUGCUACAGCCUAGAACAGGCAGCAGAAGAAGCCUUUGUAAAUGACAUUGAAGAGUCGUCCCCAGGCACUGAGUGGGAGCGGGUGGCCCGGCUGUGUGACUUUAACCCCAAGUCCAGCAAGCAGGCCAAAGAUGUCUCCCGCAUGCGUUCUGUCCUCAUCUCCCUCAAGCAGGCCCCCCUGGUGCACUGAAGAGCCACCCUGUGGAAACACUACAUCUGCAAUAUCUUAAUCCUACUCAGUGAAGCUCUUCACGGUAAUUGGAUUAAUUAUGUUGAGUUCUUUUGGACCAAACCUUUUGUCUUUAGAGUUGAUCAUUGUUUGUGAUUGCAUGUUUCCUUCAACUGUGUUGUCCCUGGCAUUCAAAGAGGAGGGGAGGCGGCGGAGGAAGGGAGGGAAGCCUCCCAAUGGCAGCCUCAACCUAUGCUUUUGUGCAUUAUUCUGAGAAUAAAUUUCUGUUUCAGACAAUAAA